AUGGAGACGAUGAUGUUGACGGUGUGUUGUUGUUGUUUCAGUGGUGCAGGUGAUGGUGGCGGUAGGCGGCAGGAUGCCCAGGGUGUCACUGCGCCGCGGGCUCCUCUACUUGUCGGCGGCCACCACCUUCCUGCUGCUGGUGUCUGUAACCAACCUGGAGGCGCCUGGCUAAACGCCUCCGCGCCCUCGCAGAUCACCCUGCGCCGCGCGCCCCACGUCGACCACCCAGUCAUCGAGGUUGUGGACGAGGAUGUGCAGAGCGGUUCCCGACCUGGCGAAGACGUGCAGGCCGGCCUGGACACCUACCCGAGGGUGCUGCCCUCCGCUCCACGCCCUCAACCUCUUCCCAAUGUCACUCUCACCACGCUGCCCCCGCGGCUACGACCUUGGUACCUGAACGGCGGAGAGCUGCGGCAGGAGAUGCCCCGAGGACCCGGGAGACCGCAUUGUGGACCAGCUCAUGUUCCGUCCCGCCCCGCCCCGCUGGAGGACCACCCCGACCCCGCCGCCUCCGAUAAGGCACCUCCAUCUUAUAAGAAAAUUCUUAUGUACAACGGCGAACUCGGGCCUGGAGGACGCCGGGGGCAGUUCCUCAAGCUGAAAUGCCCGGUGGACACUUGUGUGCUGACGGGCAGCAGGUCAGAGCUGUCGUCAGCGGACGCCAUCAUGUUCAAGGACCACUUCAGCAUGCCGCCGCACAACCGUGACAUGCGCCAAGUGUGGGUCAUGUUCAUGCUGGAGUGUCCACUGCACACACAACACUUCACCAACAGGAACGUCUUCAACUGGACUGCCACCUACCGCCACGACUCCGACAUUGUGGCGCCGUACGAGAAGUGGGUCUACUACGACAACACUAUUCACCAGAAGUCGCAGGAGAUCAACUACGCCGCCAACAAGACCAAACAGGUGGCGUGGUUCGUUCAAAACUGCGGCGCUCGCAACAAUCGCCUGCAGUACGCGAAGGAGCUGGGCAAAUAUAUAGGCGUGGACAUCUUCGGCGCCUGUGGCACUAAACGCUGUCCAAGGUCCAACUCCGCCAAGUGUUUUGAAAUGCUCAACAAAGACUACAAGUUCUACCUUGCCUUCGAGAACUCCAACUGCCGCGACUACAUCACCGAGAAGUUCUUCGUUAAUGGCCUCAGUCACCACAUCUUGCCCAUCGUGAUGGGGGCUCACCCGGACGACUACGCGCGGCAGGCACCAGAAAAGUCUUACAUCCAUAUAGACGACUUUGAAACACCGAGAGAACUUGCCAGUUAUCUACAUCUUCUCGAUCAAAAUGAUGAUCUUUAUAAUGAAUAUUUUAGGUGGAAAGGCACGGGCGAGUUUAUCAAUACUUACUUCAUGUGUCGACUGUGUGGGAUGCUUCACGACGAGGGUCACCAGCAGCACUAUGAAGACAUAAACGUGUGGUGGCGGGGAACAGGAACCUGUAUCAAUGGAUCCUGGAGGAAAUAUGAUAAGUUUAAAAUGGAGCCAGAGAAGAAAAAGACUCCUGAAGGUUAAACGUUUAUAAUUUUCUUAUUGACAAAAAAAAAAACUUGAUUUUAACUUGUCAUCCACCAAAAAAGUAAGUGAUUGAAAACAGAUUUAUGAGGAAGAGUAACAUGUAAUUACCAUUAACUUUUAAAAAAAAAUGGCGUGUUUGUCUUGGAUAACAAAUUCUCUUGAAGUGUACAUGUAUUGAAAACCCAUACAUGGACAUUUUGAUGGUAGUGCUACUUGUGAUUUUUGCUCACAAAAUUUACUCUGCAAUUACUGUUUGUAUAUUGUACGUUAUUUUCUUGGGCACAAAACUAUAAAUUAAAAGUUGAUAUACAGUACAGUAGCUUCAACAGGUAAAAGUGAACUGGAUGAUAAGAAUGUUGAAGUUGUUUCAUAUUUGUGAGGUGCUGAAAAUGUUUUUAAAGCUCAAGUUUCAGCAGGUGUUUUUGUUAUAAUAUAAAGACACAAAUACUGUGGUGAUAAUUAUAUUGUGAGAUGGUAACAACAGAUGGUCAGUUGUGAAUGUAAAGUUUGGACUGGUGUAUUGUACAGGUGUAUAAAGGUUGAUGUGUGUGCAUUGGAGGUUUGCUUUUGUGUUUAAAAGAUGGGCUCUUAAAGUUACUGUAUGCGCAAAAGAAAUUAAUGAAAGUAGUUGAAAAUUGCUGGUACUGAAUACUGUACUGCAGUACAGUGCAGUGCAGUAAUUGAAUCUUCACUAGAGGUGUUCUGGUACUUUGAUAACUUCUAAAGACUGUAUUUUACUCUGCAAAUCUUCCUCCUGGUAUAAAAAAUUUACUCUGUAGUUAGUCUAAUAAACAGGUUCUGCCAUUAACUUUUUUCCUCCAGAAUCUUCUUGAGCACAUACAGUAAAGUAAGUAAAGCUGUAACUUUCAUAACCCUGGACAUCAGUACAGUAUGUAGAAGUUUUCUCAACUACCAUAGUUAGUACAAUGUCUUUAUCUCAUGUUGGGACUUAAACAUCAUAGUUCUCAAAGCAACAACUCCUUUUCCUUUUUGAUUUGCUCUUUCUGAUGAAAUUCCUUGAUGUUGGUAAAAUUUAGAGGCCCAAAACUGAGUCUAACCUAAUGCAUAUGCUUGUGUAAAAUUUAACCACUUGUAUGUAGCAUCCUUAGUGGAGGGUAAUUUGGAGCUAUGCUGGGUUUUUCUAACAUUUUUUGCCUUGGUAGCUUGCUGGGUAUUGUCAGAUUUUAACAAUUCCUUGAACUUCUUCUCUUCCUUAUAAUCAAUGAACAGUGCAAAGGAAAGGCAGACCCCAUAAAGUGCACACAACUCAAGUCAGUGUUGGGGCAACUGGGAGGCAUCUCAUUCUCUUAACUAUAUACAGUACAGUAUAUAUCAUUACUGUAUGUAACAUCAGCCUAAUUUUACAUAUACAGUAUACUGUGCAGUAUAAGGUAAGUUGACCUCCUUCUCUAACAUGAGAGGAAAGAUUAGCCCCUUAUAAACAUUAUAUCUUAUGCAAUAUGACUCUCAAUAUUUAGGCUUGUUAAACAUGCUACAAAAUUACAUGCACAAUUGUAGUCCUUUAGAAAUCAAAGAAAAAUCCUUUCUUUGUGGCACCAAUAUUGCGUGUCUAUUACUGUACUUCCAGGCACUCAUGCCUGCUGUUUUCCUCCAUUUUUAUUUCACUUAAAUUAUUUUCAAGUUUCCACAACUGUCACCCUUAUAAAAAAAAGAUGGAUGGGGAGACAGGUGCAGCACUAAUGCUUCCUUUAUACUGUGUGCACAAAAUGUAAAGUUGGCUGAGCCAUAAAUUGAAUGGGCCACACAGCCGUAUCUUCACCAUUCUUCUGAAGUACAUGAUAUGUGUCACACUUUAUACUAUACUGAUGACUACUGGUGAACACUAGGUGUCAGAACACAUCAGUCUUCAUAUUAUUUAUCAUUUAUCAUGUAAACUGCAAUUAUAUACAGUUAUGGGUGUUUAUUUAACCAAUAUUCCUAUAUUAUCUCAGCUUGGUCACCCCCAUAUCUAAAUAAUGAGAGUCUUAUCGUAUUUGUACAUGUCAUUUUGAGGCAGCCUAUAAUUUCACAGGUACAGCAGUUGGCCAUCACAUACACUGUGAAUUUUGGAAAAGAGAGAACCUCCUUUACUGUAUUCCCUCUUAAAUAUUAUCACAAAGGGAGCUUUUGCCGCAUUUUUUUUUCUGUGAGGACUUUGUAAAGAUACAUCUAUUCUUAAGAUUAAAAGUGCAAAAGUAAAUGCCAUUCAGAAAAUGUUUUUUAGAAUACUGGUGCACUUUUAACCAAACAACUCUUUCAACAUAGCCUUCAGCUUUACUUGCUGGUGCAUUACUCUCUCAUCCUAUUGUCAAUCAUAUACUGUACCGUUAAAUAAAGAAAAAUAAAAUAAUCUUAAUUGUUGAUGAGCAUUGUAUGAGCAUAGCAAUAAUUACCGUGUUCUUGGGAAAGUACUGUAUAUAAGUGAGGUCUGGUUGUUAUACAAAGGUACCAAUGGCUUGAAAUGUUAUCGAGAAAAAGAUGAAUAUUUUGUAGAUAAAUGAAAACUUGGCAAGAGGUUAUUUAUGAUAUCAGAUAAUUACACCAUGACAUUACUUGAUGUAUCAUUGCUGGUCAAUAUAACAUAAACAAGUUGCACAAACAAGAAUUUAGUUUUGGGUAGUUGUUAGCAGUACAGUACAGUAUACCAUAUCCUGGGGUUCAGACAUGAGUGUCCAUGUUUGUAGAAGCACAAAUUUGCCAAUACAGUAACUGGUUCUGUAAUAUUAUAAACUUAUAUAGUAGUCCAUAUCUGAAUGUAAAUGUUUUCAUGACGUUCACCAAAGACAUCCAUUUACCAUAAAUUCAACAAUACUUAUAUUUCUUAGUUUUGUAUGUCAGACACAUUCACAUAUAAUAAUGAAUUGUAGUAUUACAAGAUGAUUUUUUGCCUUUUACUAAACUAUAUCUGGGCUCAUAGGUGCAAGCAGCACUCAGGAUAAGACAGUGUGUAUGUACAUAAUAAAGGGUAUGUGAUUUUCUCUCAAUAGAAAUUUGCAUAAUUAAUGACAGACAUAUUACUGAAAAAUGCAUCUUAUAGAUUUAACUAACAAUGCACUAGACCUUUAUUGUAGACAAAUGUUCCUUUAAUGAGUAGCAUAAUUGUCAAGAUUAUUGGACCAAUAUUAUCUCAGUAUCUUAGGGAGGUUCCACAUUACUUGUGCACAACCUACAACUAUCAAUGGACUUAUUUGGUUUAUGUUUUUGUUAAGACAGUCUUCACCAAGCUGACUGCUUGGCAAAUUGUGAGAUUUUCUUUCACAUGUUACAUUUCUUUAUAUAUUAAAAUCAGGUUCAAAUAAAUUUAGUUAAUACACGUUACUACCAUUAAUGUGUAACAAAAGUUCCGAGAAGACAAAUAGGUUAAUUAAGAGGGCAGAAAGGGACCCUUCCUAUGUAAAGUGAAGUCUGCAUAGUUCUGUAAUCUGCUACUUAUUUAUAGUUUGUCUUUUGUAUUCCAUGUGCUGUGAUAUGAGUCCUAGUUAGCAGAUACAGUUAUAAGAUGCUGACGUGGUUCAUGGCAUCAUUUGUUUUAUCUAUUCAUGGCUUUAUUUUAUGCUGUCGUGAGUAUUCAGUAGAUACUAUAUGCUGAUUAUUGCUGUAUUUUACAUAUAUUGUGAUCACUUUCCAGUUGUCCUACUUUUAGUGUGAUAUUCAUGCAGUUUAAAUCUUGGUGCGUGUUCUUGUGUUUUGAAUUAUUUAUUUAUGUAUGUGUGUUUGAGAAAGUGAAUAUAUAUUCCUGAUUUAUGCAUUUUUGUUUGGGAUUAGGUUAAGAAAAAUCUUUCUUGCAGUCAAUAUGGUUUAGAGGACAUGACCCAUUAGAUAAAGGGUUGAAUAUACUAAAUAUGAUUGUUAAAUUUUCCUGUAUACAGUAUCUGAAAAUAGUAAUGUAAUGAAUUUGAGCUCAGGGCAUAAAUACUUCAUAUGCUUAGGAGUUUAUAAGUGACCAUGAACAAGAACAGGAAUUGCUCUUAAAAUCAAGAUGGUUGAUGAUAAGUUGCUGUAGAAAUUUAUGAAUGCUUUAUAUGGCAUGACAGUCUUCAGUUACCAGUACAGUUCUCUUAUUUUUGUUGGCUACAGAAUUAAUUUCUUAUAAACUCUUCCACUGCUAAAGCUCAAAGUCUGUGCACAUUGCUUUUUUUAAAGAAAACAAAAAAUAGUGUACACAUUAAUCAUAUAAUUUUGUUGGGUUCACAAGUUGAUUCUGGGAAGGUACCAAUACUUUCCGCAGGAACAGAACUUUUACUAAAUCUUUUGUGUUCAGUUGUUAUCCCCUUCUUGUUGGUUCUGUGUUAGCAAGUACUGUAUAGAUUGCUUCCAUAUUUGAUAUAUUGUGUUGACAAUGCAAUUCAUAUUUUAGUUGAACGGUGUAUUUUAAUACUGUACAAUACAGUACAGUAUAUUCAAACAUUAAAAUUAAGAACACAUACUGAAUGGAGCAUGAAAAUACUACACUGUAGUAUAGAGGGAUAAAAAAAUAGGUCACUGACUCCUAAUAUUUAUGACCAUCAAAGAUAUUGUGCCAAAGGACCUACAUACUAAAAAAAAAAAAAAUCAUAAAAAUCUUAAUAAAAGAAAUUAUCAUGUACACUCAAGGAUUAUGUCCUCAGUAAAAAUGUAGAGAUGAUAGGUGAAGCUAAUGAACACCUCACCAUAACAGAGGUUCAUUAAGCCUCAGUAAACCUACCAACCAAAAAGUUUUAGAGUGUAGUGUUGUGUAAGGUUUCAUUAUGAAGCAGUAGCAGAUGCAGCUUUAAUAUAAGAAUGUUUUAAGUUGCUGGAGUUCACUCGCCGCACAUAACUUUAUAGGUAACAUUUAAUUUUACCAUUUGUGAUUUGUUCCUCAAGGGAUGUUGAUUCAUAAACUUUGGUGUUUUUUAUCACGUGCUGUACCAUCAUUUUAUUAUAUGAAAAAUGUAGUGCAUUUAAUGAUGAAUUUAAUUAGUGUUGCCAGUCAUAGACAGAGCACAGUACUGCCAAUUAUGGUAAUGUGAUAAUGUUAACUCAAUCAUUCCAUAGAUUAAGAUGAGGCAGGAACUAUAGGUAAUUACAUAAGUUUUCAUUGUACUGUAUUGAAUAUUUAUUUUUUUAUAUGGUAUACUCAGAGUAAACUUAUGAAAUAUCAUGUAUUUUCAUCAUUAUCAAGAUUGAAAAAUGAAUGGGUAAAAUAACAUGCAGCUUAGAAAAUAUACAAACAACUGUACACUUGAUGUGCAUGUUGCUUUUUUUAUAAAUGACUGGAAUUUUUUGUUCAUAGUUUGAAAAAUGUAAAGUCCAUAGUAUCAUCAACCAUUAGUAGGCAUAAUUAAGGAGUCAUUCUAACCAGUGUACUCCAGUGCAAGAAAUGGAAGCCCUGUGGAAGACUGCACCGCUCAAAGUGAGGGUAGAUCUUCUUAUGUUGACUCAGGCUCUCAUGUAGCAUCUUUAAGUCAAGGUCACAUUCUCUUUGGAGGUUUGUGCAAGAAUGUGACUGAGAACCAUUGUCAUGACUAGAAUGAACACCAAAGAUAAAGCAUAUGAUUUCAGAGUGACACAUGGUACAAUAGUUUGAAUUCUUGUGCACUUUUUUUUCCUUUUGGAGAAUGUGAUCUUAGUACCAACAGUAUUCAUUUCCUACAGUUUAACUUUAGUUUAAUAUAUAUGUAUAUUUUCAAUGUGUUAUCUGGUAUGAUUAUGUAGAAUAUCAUUUUAUACAUACUCCUGAACUUUUUGAGUCCAAAUUAAGUAACAUUCUGCAUUUAUUCCAUUACCAUGUAUCGCACAAUGAAUUAGCUAUUUACCAGGAUGAGUUUCAUUUGUGGUGUUUUUAUUGGUUGUGGAUAAUUUUUUUUAAUUUGUGGAUGUGAAGUCAUACAUUGUUAGCUUUUAGGGUCCAUUGGCAAUAACUGCCACUUGUACAUUUAUCAUGACACUGUGUUUAAGAAAGAAAAAAAAAACAUUUUAAUGCUUAACAUGUAGACUGUGUGAUUUGCUAGUCCAAUUAGUCUGUGCUGGUGAAAGUGUGUACAGUGUAGGACACAAUGUAGUGCAUUCCCAGAUUUUUCAUUGUACAGGUGUACAGUAUUUCAAAUAAUGAAAAUUAAAGUGGUAAGAAAGAUUUUCUUUUCAAAUAAGGUUGACAAUAAUUUUAUUUUGUGGUACUGUACAUGAAAAUAAUUUUGUGGAUUCAUAAGGGAUGAAAUAAACCACUGGCUUCCAUCUCCCAUCACAGGUUAAAAAUAUCUUAAAUCUAAUUAGGGAUAGUUUCUGAAACAAGGUCAUGAUCAUUAUUUAGCAUGAUAAAUUUAUUUCUUUAUUACACACACACACAGAGUACUGUAUAUGGGCAAUCUGUCAAAUUAAGCAAUCUUUAAAAUACCUGUGGAAAUGCUGCAUUCCGUGUUGUAUAUAGGUUACGUUAGUUUCAGUGUGAGAUUUCUGGAUGUUUAAACAAAUCUUAGCUGAAUAAUCAAAUCCAAUACUGUAUAACCUAACCUAUUCACAACAUGAAAUGGAAAAUUUUCACAGGUACAGUAUUUUACAUAUUGCCUGAUUUAAUAGAUUGCCUGUAAAAUACAGUAUAUCAGUAUAUUCAUUCAUUGGAUUAUUAGUUGAUGAAUAAAGUACAAUACCUGUACUGCAGUACCAUAUAAAAUUUUGUCUCCAAAUUUUUAUAUCACAGGUAACUUGAUUCAGUAUACUGUAGUGAUAUAUAUAAUGUGCAGAACCUUUUGAGGUUCUUUCUUCCAAAAUUCAUAGACAAUAAAAAGGAUCUAAAUACUGUACUGAUGAACAUAAUAAAGUAUAAUGGACCUGAAGAAAUUUGUGUCAUCUGCUCUAUGUUGUUGUCUUUAAAAGUGACUGUCAAUGAAUCAUAUUAUUUUUCUUUUUUAAAUAUUUUACUCAAUAAAAAUCACAUGAAUUUUCAUAAAUGUACAAUAAUAAUGAUAGACUUUUUUAACUGAAAAUAACAUUGAUACAGUCAUUAAUUUUGUUUUGGUAGCUACAUUGUGUUCAUGAUAGGUAACUUGAAUUUUGCCUCUGUACCACAACACUAAAAAAGGAUUAAAACUGCUGGCGUAAGGACCUACUGUAGUGUUGUCAUGGACACUUAAAAGGAGUUGCAGUUGCAUAAUGUCAUCUAUUUUCAUGUCAUAUUUCAUAAGAAAAUUAUAUACUCUACUGUUGGGUAACAUUCAUCAUAUUCAUGGGGUUCUUUUCUAUGAGAUCAGUAGAAUAACUUGUAGAUGUCAAAGUAAAUAUGUUGACAUUAUCUUGUGAUAUAAGGAACUGAACAUCAGUUCUACUGUUUUCUUUGCAGUGGCAUUAUUUUUUCUAUGAUUUUCAAGUUCCAUAGUUACAGUAUGAGAGUUUUGUGUGGUAAUGUGUGUGUUUAUCUUAAUUAAACAUGUAUGAUUUGUACAUAAUAAAAUGUAGUGCAAGAGAUAGUGAA